AUGACCAAGCUCUCCACCACGUUCGCGGCCCUCGCUGUGCUCCUCCCCGUCGUGCUCGGCCGGGCGGCAGAGCGAGGCCAAUGUGGUGGGAUCGGCUGGAGCGGCGCGACAACCUGCGUCUCCGGCAUCGUCUACGCCCCCGACAACAACCACUGGUGGCUCGACCCCGACGUCACCUCGACCGUGACCAGCUUGAACAAGCUCGCCCAGGCGGUGGGGAAGAAGUACUUCGGGAGCGCGACUGACAACCCAGAGCUGACCAACACGGCGUACGUCGCCAUCCUGAGCGAGACGAGUGAGUUCGGGCAUAUCACUCCUGGGAACAGCAUGAAGUGGGCUGACAAUCACCGACAGGACGCGACCGAGCCGAGCCGGGGCACGUUCACGUUCACGAACGGCGAUGUCGUUGCAAGGCCGCGCUCACGACGGACGGCAGCUGUGCUCGCGCUCCUGGGCACGCAGUGUGGGACGGUGGUGGUGCACUAUGUGCACAGCGUGCGCGCGACGUACGCGGUGCUUGCCACACUCAUCGCCCCGCAACUCACCUUCAAUGUGCUCGUGGUGCGUGCCAUCGCGUUCCACACGCUCAACCACCAGCGUGCAGGCAUCGCAUGGAAGGCGUUCUGCACCAGCCUCGACGGCACCUGUGGUUACCCCAAAUGGCAUUGUAAUAGGCCCUAA